CUUUUCUGAUAAGUCGAAGCUGCUGAUGUUCCUGGGCGAGAUGGAUGGGGUGGUAUCGAAGGAGCAAUUCCUCGGGUGCGAAUUGAAUUUUUCUAUCGCGACGACGCGUUUUUCAACUACUUGCUCGCUGUUGUGUCUGUUGAGAGAGAACUCUUGUUGCAGUUGCUCGUCCAAUUUCCUCUUGACAUCUUCCAGUCGCUUCAGGUAUUCCUCGUUGUUGAUAAGAGUUCUCUGCAAAACGAAACUGCGUUAGUUUUAAACAAUUUUACCGAUGUCUCUUUCGCUUUGGGAGCAACUUGGUGAAAAUCUUGAUCGACUCGCUACCGGUACGUACCUCGCUUAUUUCGUGCAAUUUAUUCAUAACAAACACUGUGAGGUGGAAAACUUGUCCGGGGUCGUAUGAGAAUCGUUGAGCGAAUUAUAAAAGAUGUAAAAAAUGUUACAGAUCAUUUGUCAAAUAAUGUUCAACUUCAAAACUUAACACGGCAACCGCGUGUUUGUAGUUGUGUUGAGUCGUUGCUAGGCGACGGGGGCGCGCGUGCGCUAUAGUGCGGGAUCGAAGCGGAACAGUUCGAAAAUGAGUUAAAAUUUUAUGGAAUUAAUGCGGUUUUUGAGCGAGUUUUCGGUGCGAUUAGUUGAGAUAAUGUCGCGAAUGUUGUUUGGUAACGAUUAAUGGUGGUUUUAACUGGUGGUAUUGCUAGAGAUGCCAGUAGGAAGAAGUGCUUUUGCUACCGCACUAUCGUAAAUGUUGGGGUCGUUGGAUGGAAGGGUCUUCUUAGAUUUGUAGCAUUUUUAAUAAACGCACAAUGGUCGAUUUUUACCGAUUAUUUAGCGACUUUUGAAUUCGACGCGUUCGAGGACAAUCAAUCUUCCCGACCAAGAUGAAACAUUUGGGAUACGCCAGAAGGAAUAUUUUAGCGGAACACAAAAAAGUGCCUUUGAACAAUAUCAUUUUACCGCCUCUUUCGCCAUCGUUUCCCGACGAACAAUUCGCUCAAAUGGGAAAACAAUUAGUGAACAAGAAAUCCGGCAACGGCGAUUUGGUGGUGCAAACGCGCCCUUCGGAGACGCCAGCGAGGCCCGCCGACGUCCAAAGGAGCCCCGAGCAAUGCAGGAUCGCCCAGUUGGAGCAGAACGUGAAGUUCCUGCAGGAGCAACACCAACUCAUGCUCGUCGGGUUGCAUAACGAAAUCGAGAAAUUGAGGAACAGAAAUAGGGAGCUUCAGUUUCAAUUGAUCUUCAAUCAAAAGUCCCCUUCGAUCAGCUCGGCGUCCUCACCCGAAGAAGACCUCAAGCACAAGGUGUAUUCGAGUCCCACGACGUUGUUCAACAAAACACCAUUGCAAGUCGAGAUCCUAGAGAAGGAGCUCGCCGAAUUGAAGCUCCAAUCGCAAGAAAUCGAGAGCAGGAACACCUACUUAUCGGCCAUCGUCGACGAGCAGAAGAAGAAACUGGAACGGUACGAGCGCGACCGCGAGAAGGAGCGCGAGCGCUCCGGCCAGCCGGACCCCGAGUUGCUGCGCAAGCUCGACGACGCCGAGGCGAUCAUCCGGCGGCUGCGUCGCGAAAACUCCGACCUGCGCCGCGACGGCCCGAGCGGGCAGUGCUCGCCGCGCGACGUUUCGUUCGUCCCUCAUCAGAGGAGCGCCGAGAACGGGUUCCCGUCGCCGCGCAACGGCCAUCACUCCGGCAGAGGGCGGUAUAGGGGCGGCGGCGGCGGCGGCCACUACAAGGGCAACUGGUUCCCGCCGUUGCACUCGCAGAGCUACUGGCAAGGGGGUCGAAGGGGUGAGAGGUCGAACGCGGGUGAGAACGGGGGCGGGUUGCCGAGCCUGCAGGGGCCUGAUGGACACUACCAGAACCGGAGGAACUCCAAUAACAACCACUACAACGGCGAGUCGAGGAAGUACAGGGGCGGGCAGAAGAACGGCGGCAAGCAAACGAGAACCCUCCCAGAUGGCAAAAACUCGAAGAAUUAUGAGACAGAAGAUAUCACACUGAAGGAGGAGCGGAAGAAUUGGAUAUGCGAGAUGAAUAAUUUUAAUUGCUAGAUUUUAAAUAUGAAAAUAAAUGUUCAUUUCAUAUUUGAAAGGAAGUGGUUAAAACGAUGUUAAAAAUCGAUACUUGAUACCAACCGAUGAGAUUGCUUUUCCCACCUGGGCCAAUUAGACAUCGCAAAUUAUAAAUAUUACAGAAAACUAUCAAUAUCUAGAUCAAAAAUGUUCGUAAUUUGAAAAUUUCCUCGUCAUUUACGAUAGACCGAAAAAUAGAAAGUGGGCUGGAAGGUGCCAAAAAACCAACGGGCAAUUUUUUUUUCGGAAAAUGUGCGACUCGUAUUAAUAUUGCUUUAAUUGUGAUAUUUCAUCAAAGGUAAAUUAUAAAUAUAUUACACACUUCACACAUAAUUUUACUGCUAUUUUACUUACAAUGUGCUGAAGCGAAAAGGAUCGAUUUACACUCUAAACUGGGUAACAAUUGCAAUAAUUUUUCUAUACCAUGCACUUAGCAAAUUAUACGUUGCAUAAAUGCAUCUUCCAUCUUAACGGGUUUUUACAAGUUGCUUGUUAUAACAUACAUACAUAUUGUGAUUUCACACGUACUCGAAUGUAUUUUAUGUAUCCAUAUAAUCAUUUGUGUAUUUAGAUACUACUAGGGAUGUCCGUGCAAAUUUUACCAGAAAAUAAUAAAUAUUGGGACAUUCUGUAGGAUUGUAAAAAUAUUAUACGGGUUCAGGUUGGAUUUUUUUUAAGAAUUAAUGUCUUAUUCUGAUUUAAAGAGAACUCUAAAAUAUUAAAUACGAACAAUUGGUAAUUCGAUGUGCGGAAACGGAUGAGUUUAAUAUUAAUUCUUAAGAAAAAUAUACAUAUAAUAAAAAAUAUAUGAGAUACAAUAGAAUUUUUAACAAUUAAUAAUGUUAAAUUAAUUGUUAUACAUUUUGAUAUAAUGUAAAAUAUAAAUUUUCUGCCUAAAAUAUAAUUCAAAUUAUCUGUACUGUUGUUGAAAAGUUGAUAAGUAUUCCGUAAAAUUAUUUAAAUGUCUGUGCCCUGCGCUCAUAGUACUUUUACUGAGAGAUCAAAAAAAUACUUUUUUUCUCAAACAAAAUUUCGCUUAUUUCUGAUUUCGUAAUUUUUUUAUCACUCAGUACCACUUAAAAAUUUAUUAUAACUCAAUUCAUAUUAUAAUAGUUCUAUUAUACGAUGCACUACAAGGUGUUAGAUAAUCUACUUAUACGAUAU